AUGAUCGAGGAGCUGCAGUGGAACCUGGGACGACGCCGAACCCGCCGCUGGGGACGCGGAGACGGCAGGCAUCUCGAUCUCAGACGGGCACUGAGAAGCAGCCUUCGAUAUGGUGGAGAGCCGAUGGUACUCCCCACGAAGCGGCGAAAGACGACACCGCGCAGGCUGGUGCUGAUCUGUGACGUGAGCGGCUCGAUGGAGCGGUACACGCGGAUACUCUUGCAGUUCAUACACACGCUGUACGGCGGUCUGGACAACCGGGUGGAGGCGUUCCUGUUCGCCACGAGGCUGACCCGCGUGACGGGCCAUCUCGACUAUCGUGACAUCGACCGCGCGGUGGGCGAGGUCUCGAAGGCGGUGCCCGACUGGUCGGGCGGGACGCGCAUAGGGGAUAUUCUGAAGACGUUCAACUUCCGGUGGGCACGGCGUGUUCUCGGAUGGGGGUCCGUGGUGCUGGUUAUCUCAGACGGCUGGGAUAGGGGCGAGCCAGAUCUGUUCGGCCGGGAGAUGGCCCGUCUUCAGCGAAGCAGCCACCGGCUCAUAUGGCUCAACCCUCUCGCGGGCGCGGAGAACUACGAGCCGCUGACGCGCGGUAUGCGGGCGGCGAUGCCUUAUAUCGACGACUUGCUGCCCAUCCACAACCUGGCGAGCCUGGAAGACCUCGCGCGACACCUCAACACGCUGCCCGGCAGCCGCCCGGAGAGGAGGCAGCGCAUCGUCCCGCCGGAGAUAGAGGACGAUGUACCGGCGCCCGCGCGUGUACGGGGAUCAUCAAGGCACAGGACCGCAAAUCCGACGUUCAGGCACCCGCUGUGGGGGCGGGACGGCUGA